GAUCUGACAUGACACAAACAGAUACGAUUAUCUUGCGCUGUCAGCGCGUCUAGAGUGCAGCUCAUGGAUCGUAGGGGGAGCGGGCUGGAUGGCUGAGUGGGCAUGAUGCAUGUAUGGCUUCGGUUGUUAUCCUGUGUUAUGCGCUGUGCGCUGUGUCUAUCAGACUUCUACAGCUUAUCUAUGGAUGGAUUUCGGACUUGGAGCGUGACGUGCGUGCUGAGCUGAACUUGCUCAUUUGCGAGACUCGGUGGGACAUUCACAUGGACCCACAAAGACGAUCGCCCACACGGACCCACAGGUACGCACGUUCUUCCUCGGCAUUUACCGAAGUUCUCCAUUGAAUCCCAAAACGUGCGCUC